AUGGAUAACGUGUUAAAGAGUCAAAUGUUGUCAGGUGUGCAUAUUAAGGAAUCAAAAUUACUACCAAAAACAUUAUUUACUAAACUAUUAAAUAUCCAAUAUCCAAUCAUUCAAGCACCUAUGUCACCACUCACCACACCAGAAUUAGUGGCUAAUGUUUCAAAUGCGGGUGGUUUGGGAUCAAUAGCUGCAGCGCGAAUGAAUCGACAACAAUUAAAAGCUGAAAUUGACAAAGUUCGAUUGUUAACAUCAAAGCCGUUUGCUAUCAAUUUAUUUAUACCACCAUCAACACCGGAUACAUGUACACAAGAUGAUGUUAGAGCCGUAAAAGAAGUAUUGAAUAGAAUACUAACACGAAUGAAUGUUACAUCAAUUGAUAUGAAUAAGUUGAAAUUAAUUAAUCCACCGGUGAAUCUAUAUGAUGAACAGAUCGAUGUGAUUUUACAAGAACGUAUAUCUGUAUUGAGUUUUACAUUUGGUUAUCCAUCAUCAGACAUUAUUUCAAAAUGUAAGAAACUUAGAAUUAAAUUAGUUGGCACAGCAACAACACCUCGUGAAUGUUUACGUUUAACAGAAAUUGGAUGUGAUGCUAUUUGUUUACAAGGUAGUGAAGCUGGCGGUCAUCGCGGAAGUUUUUUGACGAAAGAUAAAGAUACAAUUGAACAAUCAAGUAUCGGAUUAGCGUCGUUGCUAUCACAAUGCGCACAACAGAGUCCACCUGUACCAUUGAUUGCGGCCGGUGGUAUUAUGGAUGCUCAUGGUUUAAUCAGUUGUCUGGUAUUGGGUGCAUCGGCAAUACAAAUGGGCACAAAAUUUUUAACAUCUGAUGAGAGUACACUGAUACCGUCAGCUCACAAACAACUUCUACUUGAUCCAUCAAAAAUAGAAACAACUGUUUUAACUCGAAUUUAUACGGGUAAACCAGCAAGAGGUAUCUAUACUCAAUUAAUCGAUGAAUUUAAAACGAUGGAUCCGAAACAUAUUCUUCCAUGGAAUAUUCAAUCACAAUUAGCUUUGGAAAUAAGUAGAUAUGCUGCUAAACAUCAUCAACUUGAUUUUAUGCAAUUAUGGGCUGGUCAGAAUUAUUCAAAAUGUGAAAAAAAACCGGCGAAACAAAUCGUAGAAGAUAUUAUUCAAGAAGCAAAUAAGAUUUUAAAUGGUAACUAA